AUGACGUCGAUAGGCGAUGGCUCUCCGCCGUAUUCUGCUGCGCAGAUCGACAAUUGCGCGUUUUCUGCGUGGUAUCCGAAGCUAAAGCGUGUAUCUAUCAAGAGUGUAGUGAUACCUUUGCCAUUGGAUUUUGUCGAUAUCUUAAUGGCUGACGGUGUGACGCUGCCGACGGCUCCAGUGGUUUGUCAGAUCGAAGAUGAGGACGAAGCAGAUGCAGAAGAUGCUGACAGCGUCAAUGCACUCACAGAUGAACAAUUAAAUGUCAUUCUAAGAGUGAAAAAAGAAGUGGAAAAGGUGCUACAGGAUUUUAAUGGAGAACUCUUUCUCAAGACCAACUGGAGUGCACCUCGCGACGCUGCGUGGAUGCUUGGCACGCUCAAGUGCACGACCUUUGAAGACGUUUUUCUGCUUCUCCAAGCCUCAGACUUUGUCGUACACGACUUCACGCAACCUUAUACUGGAUGCAGUGAUACACAGGACAAGACUGUACCCCAUACAGACUAUUUAGUGCUCAAGAAAUGGUGCAACUUUCUUGACUCGAUGCUAUUCCGGUGCUUCGUUGUCGGUCAUCGUCUCAUGGCUGUGUCGCAACGCAAUUGCGACGAGUUCUACGAAUUCCUUCCAGACCAGCAGGACGAACUAUGCGAGUUGCUAUACGAGUUUUAUAAAAAGAACUUCCGAAUGUCUGGUGACCAGUUUGUGUUUCCAGAUCCAAACUACAGCUUUGACGUGUACGUAGACAAGCGUCGACGCGUCUACCUCUUGGACAUCAACGUGUUUGGUGGUGUCACGGAUACGUUGCUUUUUUCUUGGGAGGAUUUACUGGAGCUGCAGGCGGAAAACCCAGCGACGCCACACGAUGUCGAAGACGAGUACCACAAAAUUGACUUUCGAGUGGUCGAGUCCAAAAAGGGCAUCCGUGCACAUCCGCUAAGCGAAUAUCGCGCGCCAACUGAUCUUGUGGAUCACCUUGCGGGUGGUGCUGGUUUUGACGCCUUCAUUGAACAGGUUCGGCGCGACAAUGCUGGUGACGGAGAAAACUAG